CAGGCCCGGCCCCUCGGCGUCACUUCCUCGGGCACGGACCUGCGCACGGGGCUCUCUCUCCGCGUCAGGGCCGGUGCAAGAUGGCCAAGCGUACCAAGAAGGUCGGGAUUGUGGGUAAAUAUGGGACCCGUUACGGUGCAUCCCUUAGGAAAAUGGUGAAGAAGAUUGAAAUCAGCCAGCAUGCCAAGUAUACCUGCUCCUUCUGUGGCAAGACCAAAAUGAAGAGGAAGGCUGUGGGUAUCUGGCACUGUGGAUCCUGCAUGAAGACAGUUGCUGGUGGUGCCUGGACUUACAAUACCACCUCUGCAGUGACAGUCAAAUCUGCGAUCAGAAGACUGAAGGAAUUGAAGGACCAGUAGAAGCUAAUUCCUGUUCUCCAUGUGAAACAUCUUUUUUUCCUGUUGUCAACAUCUGUCCUUUUAUCAAUAAAAAGGGUGAUAAUGGAGUAGAA